GAUUUUAUACUGAUACAUACAUAUGCUAGAAUAUGCUAGUAUUUCAGUAAAGUUAUGUUACGUGGAAGAAUGGAGGUCGUCUAUUUGCUAUCGUGCUGUGUGUGUUGGGCGAAGAGGUGUAGGUCGCCAUGGCGGGAAGGUACAUACUACAUUGUCACGAUUGAUCAUCCUGCAAGAUUUUCUUCCUGUACAUGAUCAGUGUAGAAAUCCAUGGCGCCGGCGGCCACAGGGUGUUGUCAACACAAAAGCGUCUCUGGGGGCUCCGGAAAGGGCUAAAAAGAUUUUGAUGAUGGGAGGGAGUCGAUUCAUCGGUGUUUACCUGGCUAGGACGCUUGUCAAGGCCGGUCAUGAGGUGAGCCUUUUCACUCGUGGAAAGACGCCAAUUACGCAGCAGCUCGCUGGCGAAUCGAACGAAGCUUAUGCCGAGUAUCAACUCCGAGUGAAACACAUUCAAGGGGAUCGACAAGACUUUGAAGCUCUCAAGAGCAAGAUUGGCGAAGCUGGUUUUGAGGUGGUCUACGAUAUCAAUGGUAUCGAGAAAAAAAACUUCGUUUAUAAAGCUAUAUUUCACUAUAAUCAUACAGGAAGAGAGGCCGCGGAAGUGGAACCCAUCGUUGACGCGCUUCCGGAUCUCCAGCAGUACAUCUACUGCUCAUCAGCUGGAGUAUACUUAAAGUCAGACCUUCUUCCACAUUUUGAGGUGGAUGCUGUGGAUCCGAAAAGCAGGCACAAAGGAAAACUUGACACUGAAUCUUUGCUCCAAGACAAGGGAGUAACUUGGACGUCAAUCAGGCCAGUUUACAUAUACGGACCUCUCAACUACAAUCCAGUGGAAGAGUGGUUUUUCCAUCGCCUCAAAGCAGGGAGACCAAUUCCAGUUCCUGGAUCUGGUCUUCAAAUCACGCAGCUGGGCCAUGUCAAGGACUUGGCUGAUGCGUUUGUAAAGGUGAUGGACAAUCCAAAAGCUUUCAAUCAGGUCUUCAACAUCUCUGGAUCCAAGUACGUUACUUUUGAUGGGAUUGCUCGAGCGUGCGCGAAGGCUGGUGGAUUCCCGGACCCGGAGAUCGUGCACUACAACCCAAAAAACUUCGACUUUGGAAAGAAAAAAGCUUUUCCUCUUCGCGACCAACAUUUCUUUGCGUCGAUCGACAAGGCCAAGCAGGAGCUAGACUGGACACCGAGAUUUAAUCUCGUGGAUGGUCUCAGAGAUUCCUACGAGCUCGAUUUUGGACGUGGGAAGUUCCGCAAAGAGGCCGAUUUCUCGACAGACGAGAUGAUACUGAGCGCUGGACGAGUACACGCCACAGUCUAAUAGAACGCUUCUAUUUCCCAUGCACACUACAAAGCCCUUCGUUUAUUAUCACUGUGAAAACUCUCUAGAUCAUAAUCAUUUGCUGGUUUCCUUC